AUGAAAAAUUGCUUACCGCUUACACAGUCUGUGCCUACAAACUAUAGACAGGCCAGCUUAUUGGUAUCACAUGAACUUAAACCACAACAAGAUGUUACAAGUCCAUAUCCUUGGUUGGAUAGCCUUGCAAAAUUCUCUCCGUUACAGUUGGGAAGCUACCUGAUCAGAAGUGCCGAUCAGACUUGGUGGAGUUCGUUGCUACUUCAAUUAGAGAGUUCGGAUUCAGUAAUUACAGAGGGAGUCAGAUCUUUAACCAGUCCGACAGACGAGAAUCUUGAGUUAUGGUUACAGAAACAGAGACUUAAAGCCUUCCAUGGAAUUCUAGACAACGUUGGAGGUGCUGGUAUGAGUGAGCAGAAAGGUGUUUCGAAUGGUGCGGUUAUCGCAUCACCUUCAAAAACGGCUCCGAAUUACUUCUACCAGUGGGUGAGAGAUGCCGCCAUAACUAUGAACUCUUUGGUUGAACAUCUAAGUGAUUCAAAUUUUGAAGAUUCUGAAUACGGCUUAUCUACAAUAAUUGAGUCGUAUAUUGCCAACUCUUACAAGUUGCAGAGGACGGGUAAUCAUUCCGGUGACUUCGAUACACUUUCUGGCUUGGGUGAGCCCAAAUUUAUGGCAGAUUCUAAGCCCUUCACGGGGUCUUGGGGACGGCCUCAAAGAGAUGGUCCUGGUUUAAGAGUCAUUACCAUUGCUAACUACAUGAGAACUCUUGAUCAGUAUGGUAGGAACUUCACCAAUUCGGAAACACCUAGCUCAGAGUACGUGUAUGAAAACAUUCUAAAGCCCGACCUAAGUUAUAUCGUCAAGUAUUGGAGCAGUACAGGUUUUGAUCUUUGGGAAGAGGUUGAUUCUUUACACUUGUUCACUAGCUUGACCCAACUCAAGGCCUUAAAGAUGGGCCUAGAAAUGGCUAAGAAGUUUGGUGACAAUGAAUUUUAUAAGACGUUGGUUGUGUCCUUCAACUCUUUGAGAUUCUUUAUUUCUGUUGAUUCCGGCUUCAAACCUUCCAGUGCUCCCUACCUGCUUGAAACUCCAAGCUUGGUGUUGGAAGGACGAAGAUGUGGAUUGGAUAUCGCUUCUAUAUUGGCCUCGUUGAGGUCACACGAUGUUGAUGAUACUUAUGAUACCGUAUACAUUCCAUUCCCAGUGACCGAUACUGCUGUUAUGAAUACACUCACUGCGCUUAUCAACGAUAUGAAAUACAGAUAUCCCAUCAAUCAUGGAAAUUUGGGACUUUCCGUGGGAUUUGCACUAGGAAGAUACCCUGAAGACGUUUAUAAUGGCCGAGGACUCAGUGAGGGCAACCCAUGGUUUAUUUCUACUGCAACUGCUUCUGAGUUGAUUUACAAGUUGAUCUACAACUUGUACAAUCUUCAGAAAGACUUUAUCAUUCCAGCCGAACAGGCAUCACUCUUUUCUUCCAUUACCACUUUGAAAAUUAAGCAUUCUGUCACUUUGCCAUAUGGAUCGAACGCUUUCAAUGUCGUUACUUACUCUCUCCUUAACUAUGCGGACACCUUCCUUUCUGUCAUUAAAGAGCAUGUUGAUGGUGACGGCCAUAUGAGUGAACAAUUCAAUAGAUACACAGGCUAUAUGGAAGGGGCAGAAGAUUUGACCUGGAGCUAUGGCUCCUUCUGGAGUUCUUUGAGAUGGAGAGAUAAGGCUUUACAACUCUUGGAGGAGAAUACCCAGAGUACGUGGGCCACACAUAUAUGA